AUGCAGGGGUCUUCCAACGCGAUUGGGACAAUCAGUCAAGAGAUAACCUCAGCGACAGCAACGGCAACUGUAGUGAACGAAAACGGCUAUAGUGACAGCAACAGCGCCUCGACAUCUUCAUCCACAGUCGGUGUAUCUCCUCUCAACUCCAAUACUAGCAGUUCCAGCAGUGGCUCGUCACAAGGAUCCGGAUUGAGUACAGGGGCUAAGGCAGGCAUUGGCGCCGGCGUCGGGGUUGGUGUCCUGGUCGUCAUCGUUAUGGUUAUCGUGCUCGUCAGGAAAAAGCGAACCCCAAAUCAAACUCGACAGCAGCCUCUGCCGCAGAACAUACCAGAGGAAUCUGAUCACGGCGACCAAAUAACAUCAUUGGUGAAAGAUAAGAACGAACUCGACGCAAACCAGAAUGCCUAUGGAUAUAAGAGCGAGCUUGACGGGAACCAGCAACACUAUCAGCAAUCUGGUCAAAAACACAACGUCCCAGAACUUGAAGCUCGCCACACGCCUCUAGCAGAGGCGGAUUCUGCGGCUCUGUCAAGGCCCUGGAAUGAGCUUGAUGCAGACCCAGCGGCUACACUGUCGAGACCCUGGAACGAGCUCCAUGCGGAUCCGGUGUACUAUCACCAGUUGCCAACUGGAGAGAAUACUUCAGAAUUGCCAUAG